AUGUCAGUCCCAUUUCUCGAUUUUUGCAUGCAAUCGUCUGACACGCCUUUAGGUUGGUUUGCUACCAAGCUCUUCCACCCUAACGUUGGCCCAACAGGCGAGAUUUGCGUGAACACCUUGAAGAAGGACUGGAAAUCGAGCUACGGAAUCCAACAUAUCCUCGUCACUGUCAAAUGUCUCCUCAUCUACCCCAAUCCCGAGUCCGCGCUUGACGAAGAAGCGGGUAAGAUGUUCAUGGAGGACUACGACAGCUACUGCUCUCGAGCAAAGCUGAUCACCAGCGUGCACGCAACACCACGCGUGAGGCCAGUGGAAUUUGACACGCCUUCGAACCCUGACGGCGACGCGAAGCCUAGCGAACGGCCAGUAGCCUCGACUUCGAAGCUUCCACCAACAGUUGCAUCCCCUCCUGCUUCAUCGACCGCAUCAGCGACUCCCCCUCUUUCAAGUACUACCAGCAGCACAACUAAACCUGUUUCCCGUAAAUCCGCGUCCCCGGGACCACAGCAGAUCUUUACGCUCAAGUCAUCGUUGUCUGUUGAAAAGGAGGGUGCGAAACAGGAGCGACACCCUUCGCCAUCUCCCCUGGGCCCUGCUGAUGCCAAUGUGGCAGUCGGUAAGCCAGCAGCUUCAGGGCUCGGCAUGGGUGUGGCCCCUGGCGCCGCGGGUCUGGCCAACGCCAAUGGAUCCAAGGCAGUCAAGCGAGCAGCAACCAGUAGUGCACCUUCUAACGCAGAGAAGAGGAAGAAGGCAUUGAAGAGACUGUAG